ACAUGUGCAAAAAGUUUAUGUGUUUAGUAAAAACAUAUUAAUCAUAAUUUCUUAGUUCUAGUUUUCCUUUAAUCAGUUAAAAUCUCGUAUCAAUCAGAAACAUGAUUAAAAUCAGUGGACAGCGCUUGUGUUUCCUGGGGGACGUAUUUUCUUGAUGCACCACCUGCGUUGCUAUGGUUACAUCAACACAACCGGACUGAAGUUUUGCUGUCCUCGCUAAAAACUGCAUAUUAUUGCACCAAAAACGAGAUAAAAGCCACAAAAGUUUCGGUUUAUGCGUAAAAACUAGAAUCAGAAAAGUUCGGCGGCAGGUUUCGGAACUUCAGCGGUUCGUCGGUAUGGAGGUCAGAGACCCGCUGAAAGAGCUCGACAUGACCGCGGAGGAAAUGGACCGAUUAACAAAAGCUCUCAAAGACGACAAAUUCAGGGAAAUGUUGCGCGACUACGCCCAAGAAAUAUCCGAGCCGGAGAACAGGAGGAAGUACGAAGCGGAGAUCCAACUCCUGGAGCAGGAGCGAGGAAACAGCAUCGAGUUCAUCCACCCGCAGCCCUUCAGGGCGAUCAGGACCAGCGUGGACGGCAAGCACAAGUGUUUCAUCAACAUCUGUGCCAGUGACAAGGUCGGGAAGCCUGAAUCCAAGUGUGUCGUGUCGGAGGACGGCCGCAGAGGGCAGAGCUGGUCCCUGCCCCACAGCCUGCCCCCCGGGAGGCAAGACAGGGACCAUAAAGGGAACCAGAUCCUGAUUUAUGAUGUCAUUUUCCACCCUGACACUCUGCACAUAGCCAGCAAAAACAAGAGAUUUAUGGAUAUGGUGGAGGGCACGGCCAUUCAGGGGAUCCAGGAUGCUUUUAAAGUGUCUCUGGACAAAAACAACGUGAGAGAGAUGAGGAGGAAAUACAAAGGAACACCGCAGCCCUGUGUGAUCCGAAAACCCAUACCUGGGUACAAAGCCAAGGUGCCCUCGGAGCAGCCGGACCCCCUCGCCUUCCCAUACCCGGAUGAAAAAAGACCCACCACGCUCCCCGAAACAAAGCCCAAGAAAAACAGCAGUGAACCUACAAGCUUCCUGUCCCGGCCUCAGAAAGAGCCGACCAAGCCCAAGUACACGGUCAAAUAUCGAUCCGUCAUCGACCUCCAGGACUUCAGGUGCUCCAGAGACUCAGCCCAAAGCCCCAGGCCCAGAGAGAUUGUGGUCACCGUUGACUUGCCGCUACUGAAGUCGGUCGCAGACACCAGCCUGGAGGUGAAAGAGAAAAGCCUGCUGCUGGAGUCCAAGGUGCCGGCCUACAGACUGGAGCUGCCUCUGGCCUACCCCGUGGAUGAGGACAAAGGAGAGGCCAAGUUCAACAAGCAGAGGGGACAGCUCACCGUCACGCUGCCCGUCCUUCCUUCUCGUCUGGCCUUUGAUUAUUCUGCAGGUCAUAUUGAAAGUGAUGGUGAGAGUCAGGAGGAGGACGGCAAGAAAAGAGAGCUGAAGAAAGAGGAGGGAAGACAGACUGAAGAGCAGGAGAUGAUGGUGGAGCAUGUUGAAGAAGAUGAGGGAAGAAGUCAGGAGGAAGGAGAAGAGCAGGUGAGGGAGGAUGGAAGUGAGGACGAAGAGGACGCUGGUGGAGAGAAGGAAAGAUGGAAGAAGAUGGAAAGGAAAGGCCUGGAAAAUGUGGAGGAGCAGAUACAUAACAAAGAAGUUGGACAAGAGCAAAACAAGCAAGAUGAAGGUGGAUGUGACCAAGCAGUGGAGAAAAAGGAUCCUGAUGUUGGAGAUUCUCGGUGCGACAGCUCAGUUGAGAAACAAGGCCUUUCUGUGGCUGUUGAGGGCAGCAUGGCGGCAUCACCUGAGACUGAAAAACAAAACAUUUUCAUUUCUGCUGGACGGUCUUGUGACAUCAGAGAGACGGAGGAAGUAAAUCCAGCCUCUAGUUUGGAGUCAACACCCAAAGAGGAAAGUGAAAAGACAACAGAAGCUGGACAAGGAAGUACGCAGGUGGGAACAGAUGCUGCGACUCUUGACCACUCAUCCGGUGAAGAAUCAAAGUCUGCUGCUGCUGCUGCUGCGUCUUUCACACCGUCUAUGGCAACCACCACAAAUCAGAACAAUGAUGAGGACUUCUGCAGCGAGAUCCCUGCAGCAGAGGAAGCAAGGAAGUCAAGCAGAGGAGAUGAAGACAAACAGUCCACCGUUUGCUCUGAGGAGGACGUGGACGUGGACGUGGACGACCUGCCGACGGAGCAGCUCUUCCCAGUGUCAGACAACAAGCCACCGCCGGUGAUACUGCGGGAAAUCGAUGAGGAUGGAAAGGAGACGGUCAUCAGUGAUCACUCCACAUCUGCUGGGUUCGUCUUCCAGAACACUCUCCUGUAUGAGCUGGACUGAUGGACUUGACAGAAGACAUGUUUUCUUAAAUUAAACCAGUUAUACGACCUUCUUUCUU